AAGUCCUGAUCCUCUCCAUUCCAGAUCUCCUAACCAGAUUUUACGCAUACCGCAGUGUUAAUAGGCGUGCUCACAGCUACUCCACUCUUCAGUCUCUGAAUGAACUACAUGUAUAUGCAUUGUCAUUGCGUCGCUCACUUCUAAACAAGCUGUUGACGGUAUUGUCAAACGAGGACUGCCCCAGCUAUUGGUAACACACUCUUGACAAGCCUCUCCAACUUUUCUAGAGCCGAGGCUUUACGUAAACAUGGAAGCCCACGUUAACGGCAAGGUGCUACUUAACCACGCUACGAGUCUACAUUUGCACACGGGCAAUUUAGUCAACCGGAGCAGGCUAAAGAAAAAAUGUCCAUCUUCACCCAGCGAGGAGCUUCAAGAUUGUAUCCAGGCCACAUUAAGCAAAUGGUUUGCCACCAUGCCCCCCACUCUGGAAAAGGAACCUCCUGUCACUCUUGACUGCAGCAUACCUGAAGAAACAGAGGCCAUAACAGCUGAGGAGAGGGAGGAGCUGAAAGUGUCAGUUAAGAUUUUCCUCAGCGACUGUGACUGUUCCUUCAUCAGAAGUGCCGUGGAUAUGGCUUGUCACUCUCUGGGCGUGUCUAAGCUGGACUCGGUCAUCGUUGCGCCACCACCCCUGCCGGACGGAGCCAAUCAGACCCUGGAGAACCUGCAGCCCCUGUGGGAGGAGCUGGAGGGCCUGGUGCACAGCAACAAGGUCACAGCCAUCGGGACGUCCGACCUGGACAAGGCCCUCCUGGAGCAGCUCUACAACUGGGCACAGGUGAAGCCCAGCAGUAAUCAGGUGAAUCUGGCCUCCUGUUGCGUAAUGCCUCCAGACCUCACAGCUUUUGCAAAGGAGUAUGACAUCCAGCUACUGACACACAAUGACCCUAAAGAGCUCAUCUCGGCAACAGCGUUUCAAGAGGCAGUGCAGGAGAGCACCCAGGAUCAGCAGGUGGCAGACUGGGCUCUGGAGUGGGUUCUCCGAUACUCGCUCAUCGUCAAAAGCCGAGGCAUCAUCAAGUCAAAAGGAUAUCUGGUUCAUGCAAAGAGGGGCAACCUUUAGUCAGCCUUACCCCCCAAAAAACUUUUAACAGUCAGGGUAAAGUGAUGACCCACUGAAAUCAUCGUUUUCUUUUUUCCCCCUUCCUUUUUCAGUUAAAUGCUCCGUUUAUGGUUUUAUGUGUAUAUUUUUAUGAAAUUUCAGCCUAUGGCAAACACACACACACGUACAAAGUCUCUCUCUCUCUCUCUCUCUCUCUCUCUCUCUCUCUCUCUCUCUCUCUCUCUCUCUCUCUCUCGGAUGGAUAAUGUCAAUAGUAAGUGCCUGUUUCUGUGUUUUUAUCUGAUUUUGUUUCUCCUUUUUAUGGCUCAAAAUCCAAAAAAGUAUGGAUAGAUCGAGGGGCAGUACAGUCACAGUGCAAUUAUUCACAAUAUCUAAGAUAUGUCAAUGUAUGUUGUUCAUUUUUACUAUGUAUGGAAGAAGACCAGAGUUCUACUGUUUUAUUUCGGAGUGGCACUUGGUCCCCCCCCAAUUGGCUAGUAUGUAAAGGCCUCCAGACAAUAGGCAAAAGCUGAGCUGUUCUCACUGUAAAAGAGAAGCAUAUUGCACUCUUAUGAUCGUGUUUACUUAAAUGCAACAAAUACUAUCUGAAUUUAAAAAAUUAUGGACAGAUCUAUGUGGCUUGCAGCAUGAAAUUGCCGAUAUGUGUCCCAUGAACACAAUUAAAUCCCUUUAAAAACAUACAGAAUGGCACAAAAAGUGUUUAAUGCCAUUCAAAAACGACCAUCCUUAUGCUGGACUGCUUUUGUUGACCAGUGUGUAUUCAUCAAAACCCAGCUGAAUGCCAUAUGGCUUAUUAAUCCUAUUUGGGUCCACGUUAGUUGGCGGAUGUCAUGCAGUGGCAUAAUCCUACAAUUGUCAUUUUCUUUCUGUAUGGUGUUUUCUUUGGUGUCUGUAAAACCCAAUGAUUUGUCUGUACGUCAAUAAUGCAAAAUACUUUCUGUAGGCCUAUUCUUAGACCUGGCCGCAGUGUAAAUAAAAUAUCAUGGUGUCCCAUAA